AUGGGUGCCCUCGACGUUGUCCCUGCCGGUGUUCUCUCUGGUGAGCAGACCAGGAAGUUGUUCGAGCACGCUCGUGAGAACAAGUACGCUAUCCCUGCCAUCAACGUCACCUCGUCCUCCACCGCCAACGCCGCCUUGGAGGCCGCUCGAGACGUCAACUCUCCCAUCAUCCUCCAGGUCUCUCAGGGAGGUGCCGCCUUCUGGGCCGGAAAGGGAAUCAAGAACGACGCUGACAAGCAGCAGGCCUCGAUCGCUGGUGCCGUCGCCGCUGCCGCUUUCGUCCGAGCCGUCGCCCCCGCUUACGGAAUCCCCGUCGUCAUGCACUCUGACCACUGCGCCAAGAAGCUCUUGCCCUGGUUCGACGGAAUGUUGGAUGCCGACGAGGCCUACUUCAAGGAGCACGGUGUCCCCCUCUUCUCCUCGCACAUGUUGGACUUGUCCGAGGAGUCCAAGGAGGAGAACAUCGAGACCUGUGUCAAGUACUUCAAGAGGAUGGCCAAGAUGAACCAGUGGCUCGAGAUGGAGAUCGGUAUCACCGGAGGAGAGGAGGACGGUGUCGACAACUCUGACGUCGACAACGCCAGCUUGUACACCCAGCCGGAGGACAUCUUCGACGUCUACAAGGCGUUCGCCGAGGUCUCCCCCAACUUCUCCAUCGCCGCCGCUUUCGGAAACGUUCACGGUGUUUACAAGCCCGGUAACGUCAAGCUCCGACCCGAGAUUCUCGGAAAGCACCAGGAGUACGCCGCUCAGCAGUUGUCGAACGGCGACCAGAAGCCCUUGUUCUUGGUCUUCCACGGAGGAUCCGGUUCGUCCGAGGCUGAGAUCCAGGAGGCCGUCUCCAACGGAGUUGUCAAGAUGAACGUCGACACGGACGCACAAUGGGCGUACCUCGAGGGUAUCCGAAACUUCAUCACCAAGAAGAUUGACUACUUGAAGACUCAGGUAGGAAACCCGGAUGGAGCUGACAAGCCCAACAAGAAGGUCUACGAUCCUCGAGUUUGGGUCCGAGAAUCCGAGCUCACCAUGCGAGACCGAGUCAAGCAGGCCUGCAAGGACCUCAACAACGUCAACACUUUGUAG